ACUAAUGUUUAUAAAUACAACAAAUUCGCUACGGUAAGAAUUAAUAAUAAAUUUUUAAUGUAAAAAUGGUGUAAAAAAACUUUCAACAAUUAAACAUGAAUAGUGUUUUUCAAUUAACAGACUGUUGUCGCACAUGUUUGCGAGUGGAAAGUGCUUUAACCCCCUUAAAUACGUUAGAUAGUGACAAUAUAAAAUUAUGUGAUAAACUUAUAGCCUGCGUAUCUGAUAUAGCAUGGACAAAACCUGGAUACUCAAAUUUAAUGUGUUCAAACUGUACAGAGAAACUUAGAGUAGCAUAUGACUUCCGAUUGAUGUGUAUUCACUCGGAAAACACGUCACAGCAGUAUUUUGGGCAAGACAAAGUUACUUCUUACACUAAUUUAGACGACUAUCAGUUAACAAGUACAAUUCAUAUUCAAAACAAUAUCAUUGAACAUCCACAGAAGGAAAAUACUUCAGCAAACAGUGAUUAUCUUAGUCUUCUUGAUGAGGAAACCAUUUCUAAGUCCACUAAACAAGUGGAAAAUUCAAGAAGUGUUUCUCCAGAUUCAGUGGCCACCACAGGUUUUGCAAGGUAUGAAAAAGUUGUUAAGAAAACAGGAGUGCCUACAAAAUCAGUUAAAACGCAAACUCAGCCUUUACCGCAAUAUAUUUCGUUAACGCCGGCAGCUGCACGUCUGGAGGCUCAACAGACUAAAACUACAAUAGUUGUAGAAGAUCCAUAUAAGUUUGAAUGUACACUUUGUGGUAAAAAGUACGCUAAAAAUGCAAAUUUAAAAAUACACAUGAGAACUCACACAGGUGAAAAACCAUUUGAGUGUAAAUAUUGUGACAAAAAAUUUUAUCAUUCAUCACAUUUAAGAGAACAUAUCCGUAGACAUACAGGUGAGAAGCCUUUUCAGUGCAGUGUUUGUCAGAAACGUUUCACAAUUACUGCUGAGUUGACAGUUCACAUGAGGAUACAUACUGGAGAAAAGCCUUAUGCAUGCAACUGUUGUGAAAAAAGGUACAUAAAAGCGAGUGACCUUCAAGUUCAUAUGAGGUCUCACACGGGGGAAAAACCAUUUGCUUGUAGUUAUUGUGACAAGAAAUUUACAUCAGGAUAUAUUUUAAAUUCACAUUUAAAAACGCACACAGGGGAUAGACCGUGGCAAUGCUCUCUAUGUUCAAAAAGUUUCACCCAAUCCUCUCAUUUAACAGUUCACAUGAAGAAACACACAGGAGAAAAAUUCAUUUGUAAAAUUUGUAAUGAAGAGUUCACACAUUCUUCACAACUAACUGUACAUAUGAGACAACACACAGGGCGGCAACCAUAUAAAUGUACAGUUUGUGACAAAGUUUGUAACUAUGCUUCUGAACUUCAAACCCACAUGGUUAAACAUACAGGAGAAAAAUUUACCUGCAUUACUUGUGAUAAAAAAUUUACAACAGCUGCAUAUCUGCAAGAACAUACAAGGACACACACUGGCGAGAACUUGUUUAAUUGUAGCAUAUGUGAUCGCACAUUUACAAGAGCAACAUAUCUUGAGAAGCAUAUAAGAACACAUACUGGAGAACGACCUUACACAUGUGAAAUUUGUGGAAAAAAAUUCACCCAGAGCAGUAGUUUAAAUGUUCACAUUAGGAAGCAUACGGGAGAGAAGCCAUACACAUGCAACAUUUGCAAUAGGAGUUUUGCCACAUCAUCUUAUUUAUCUGUACAUUUAAGGAAACACAAAAAGUAUAUAAAUAUGUAAUAGUAUAUUUAUUUAAUCAAAUGUCAUUAACUAAGCUAUAAAUUGUUCCUUAGUUUGCUGCUCACUUUUAUAAUUUAUUUUACUUUUAGUUAGAGCUUUCUAACACGUUCCAAGUCUUUCAAAAUAUUUGCAGAUAAGGUACAAAUCAUUGAUGGAUUAUGUUGAAGCAGCAAAUUAACAUUGAAUGUUGUAGUGUAUAUAAGCUCUUUAUUUAUGAUAUUUUUGUA